AUGAUAACAGACAAGGCCCAAAACGAGGCUCAACCUCACGAGUCUGAAUCAUUCUACGUCUGGGAUGAAAACCUUGCCAACUACGCUCGUAACUGGGCGAAUAAACGCGUCAAUGACUGCCUUCUCAUCCACUCCGAUGGAACCUAUGGCGAGAACAUCUUCAGGGCCACCAAAAGCCACUGGAGCAUCGCUAAAGCCGUCAGAUCAUGGGUGGCUGAGGAGAAGUAUUACGACAAGAAGAAGAAUGCUUGUCGGCCCGGGAAAAUGUGCGGCCAUUAUACACAGAUUGUGUGGAGGGAUACGGUAAAUGUAGGAUGCGGCCGAGCCAAGUGUGCAAGGGGUGGCGUCUUUAUUAUAUGCUUCUACGAUCCACAUGGGAAUUUUCAAGAUGAAAACCCUUUUGCUUCCCACAAACAACACUAG